AUGUCCAUGCGCAUGGUUCAUGCUUUGUUUCGCUUGUUGCUGGCGCUGCUCUUGUCUACCUGUGGAGCUGGGGCUGCCGAGCCAGAGAUGGACUAUGCCUUGCUGCGUGCCAAUGUUGUGCAGGCGUACGCGCAGCAAGCUGCUGAGAUGGCAGAGACGCUCAGUGUUCUGCAAAGCCUGAGUGCUGACACAGCUGCGACGCUGUCUCGCUUGGAGAGCGCUUGCGUCGAGCUGGGCGGCAAUGAUCCCGGGAGCUUGGAUGUCCACGUGAAAGCAAAAGGAGAAAUUGCGCGAGUUGGCUUGGUUAGGCGCAAGGGGCGAUCGCACAGCGCAACAGGUGGGAUAAAGGCUUCCCACGCGCAUGCCAAAUGGGCGGGGAAGGAUCGAGGUUCCAAAUCAGACACGCAGCAGACACAGACGCCGGUGAAGACAGCUCGCGAUAUCAGCUGGAUUGUGGAUUGCCAGCACCCGCCCGGCCCGCCCCAUGUGCAGAGGGGCAUUGUUCGGGCGCGGCGUGCGCCCAAAUUACAGCUUAUUGGCCCAGGUUGUUGUGUCUUGGUGCUUGUGCUGCAAGCUGCUGCCCAGCAGUUUGCGCCGUUCGACGCAGCUACAGCUUCCAGCGUCUAUUCCUCGAAGACGUUCGGUGCAGGCCUGGCGACGAGCGAGUCCUCCGGAUAUUGGUGCAGCGCUGGGGACCAUGAACCUGGGCAGAGCGUGUCUUGGACUGGCGUGUUCAAGGCGCGGAGGCAGCUCCUUGGUGUAACGUUGCGAUGGAGCUACGCUCCCGGUGAAGUCAAAGUGCUCACCAGCUCGGACGGUGGUAACUUCGAGGAGAGUGUCGGUUGGCGAAAGCUUUCGAGGCCAGAGCCCAGCUUCGAGGACACAAUCUUGUUCCCCGAGCCAGUGGCUGCAAAGGCUGUGAAAGUUUUGAUGCGUGGCGCCAAGCCUUGGGGGUAUUUUGGCUUGUCCAAUGCAGUGGCGAUCGCAAGGCCGUCUGCCUUCAUGCUGGUCAGCGGUGUCCCAGCAGCUCAGGAGCAAUGUGUGGUCGCGUCAAGCAGCGGUGUGGCAGCAAAGUCUUGCAUAGAUGCAGUUGUGGGCGGCACGGGUGCAGAGAUCUUUGCAGGUGCAGGAGGCAAGCUGCAGGCGCUGGGCGGGGGCUGCCUGAAUGUUGUGGCUGGCAAAUUGUCCUUGAUUGAAUGCCAAGAAGGCCAAGGGUCAUGGGUCGUCACUCAAGAUGGGCAAGUCAAGCAGGGAAACACGUGCCUCGUAGUGACGGGAGCACAGGUGGCAGUAGCCGAUUGCGAAGACGCCGCGUUGAGUGGUGGCGACAAGUUCUUUCAAGUGGCAGUUCCAGACCAUGACCCUGCCGCCUCGGUUGCAGUGCAAGAGGUGGGCGCACUGCUGCGCGCCAGUGUGCAAAGGCAGCGUGCGCUUGUUGCUGCACUCCAACGUCUCGUUCCAAGAUUGGACUCUUGCAAGCCGAGGACCAGCUUGGCUGUCAAGCAGAGCUGGCCAGCCUUCCUCCAGUCACGAUCGUCGUCGAGGCGGGUGGAUGCUGAGUCCUUGCCGGCCAAGGUGGGUGCCAGCUUUGGCCCUGGCGCGCGGAGCUUGAUGCCGUGCUUGCAAUGUCUGCAGAUGUCCUCCAGCUGCUCGCAGCAAAGCGCGUUUGCAAGAAUCGUUUGCCCCGCCCGGGUGCCGCUGUGGGCUGUGGGAGGUGUUGUCCCCCAUCAUGCCCAUGAGUAUUCGCUGUGUGCAGCGCGCCGCUGGGCGGCCCCUGAGAUCAGGGACAUCCAACGCACUAUGAGGGAACCCCUCAUGAACCGAGUCGCCGCAAUGUCCAUGCGCAUGGUUCAUGCUUUGUUUCGCUUGUUGCUGGCGCUGCUCUUGUCUACCUGUGGAGCUGGGGCUGCCGAGCCAGAGAUGGACUAUGCCUUGCUGCGUGCCAAUGUUGUGCAGGCGUACGCGCAGCAAGCUGCUGAGAUGGCAGAGACGCUCAGUGUUCUGCAAAGCCUGAGUGCUGACACAGCUGCGACGCUGUCUCGCUUGGAGAGCGCUUGCGGGCGCUUGCAAGUUGAGCCUUCAAAGUGUGCAACGCGCGGUGAGGCGUUGACUGCACGUGCAGCGGCCCAAGCGGUCGUGGCUGGAGGACUGCUGGAACAGUCCGCUGUCAUUAUGAUGCGAGGUUGUUGUGUCUUGGUGCUUGUGCUGCAAGCUGCUGCCCAGCAGUUUGCGCCGUUCGACGCAGCUACAGCUUCCAGCGUCUAUUCCUCGAAGACGUUCGGUGCAGGCCUGGCGACGAGCGAGUCCUCCGGAUAUUGGUGCAGCGCUGGGGACCAUGAACCUGGGCAGAGCGUGUCUUGGACUGGCGUGUUCAAGGCGCGGAGGCAGCUCCUUGGUGUAACGUUGCGAUGGAGCUACGCUCCCGGUGAAGUCAAAGUGCUCACCAGCUCGGACGGUGGUAACUUCGAGGAGAGUGUCGGUUGGCGAAAGCUUUCGAGGCCAGAGCCCAGCUUCGAGGACACAAUCUUGUUCCCCGAGCCAGUGGCUGCAAAGGCUGUGAAAGUUUUGAUGCGUGGCGCCAAGCCUUGGGGGUAUUUUGGCUUGUCCAAUGCAGUGGCGAUCGCAAGGCCGUCUGCCUUCAUGCUGGUCAGCGGUGUCCCAGCAGCUCAGGAGCAAUGUGUGGUCGCGUCAAGCAGCGGUGUGGCAGCAAAGUCUUGCAUAGAUGCGGUUGUGGGCGGCGCGGGUGCAGAGAUCUUUGCAGGUGCAGGAGGCAAGCUGCAGGCGCUGGGCGGGGGCUGCCUGGGUGUUGUGGCUGGCAAAUUGUCCUUGAUUGAAUGCCAAGAAGGCCAAGGGUCAUGGGUCGUCACUCAAGAUGGGCAAGUCAAGCAGGGAAACACGUGCCUCGUAGUGACGGGAGCACAGGUGGCAGUAGCCGAUUGCGAAGACGCCGCGUUGAGUGGUGGCGACAAGUUCUUUCAAGUGGCAGUUCCAGACCAUGACCCUGCCGCCUCGGUUGCAGUGCAAGAGGUGGGCACACUGCUGCGCGCCAGUGUGCAAAGGCAGCGUGCGCUUGUUGCUGCGCUCCAACGUCUCGUUCCAAGAUUGGACUCUUGCAAGCCGAGGACCAGCUUGGCUGUCAAGCAGAGCUGGCCAGCCUUCCUCCAGUCACGAUCGUCGUCGAGGCGUGUGGAUGCUGAGUCCUUGCCGGCCAAGGUGGGUGCCAGCUUUGGCCCUGGCGGCGCGGAGCUUGAUGCCGUGCUUGCAAUGUCUGCAGAUGUCCUCCAGCUGCUCGCAGCAAAGCGCGUCGCCGCAAUGUCCAUGCGCAUGGUUCAUGCUUUGUUUCGCUUGUUGCUGGCGCUGCUCUUGUCUACCUGUGGAGCUGGGGCUGCCGAGCCAGAGAUGGACUAUGCCUUGCUGCGUGCCAAUGUUGUGCAGGCGUACGCGCAGCAAGCUGCUGAGAUGGCAGAGACGCUCAGUGUUCUGCAAAGCCUGAGUGCUGACACAGCUGCGACGCUGUCUCGCUUGGAGAGCGCUUGCGUCGAGUGA